UCUGACCUGCUUGCGUCACUGCUGGAGAACACGCCCACCCUGGCUUUCUUUUAGUGCGUUUCCGGGAAAGUUUACAAGCUGCAUUGGACUUCACCUUUAUUCUAAGUUUUAGAAUAAAGUCUUAGAAAUAUGAGUGAAAUCAAGCCAAACGAGUCAGCUCCAGCUCCAGCUGAAGAUAACGGAGAGGAGAAAGACUGGGCUGCGGCCAAAGCUUUUUUUGACAACCUCAAAACACACAAACCGAGACCUCCCAAACCCCGGUAUGCCGUCACCAUCGCCGUCUCCUCGCGUACCCUCUUCAACAUGGUGGCAGAGAGGAAGAUCUACGAGGAGGAAGGUGUGGAGAAGUAUGUGGCCUAUCAGCUGGAGAAUGAAAACGAGCCUCUGAAGCCAGGAGCUGCUUUCCCCUUCGUCAAGGCGCUGAUGAACGUCAACUCUCGACUGAGGAAGCUCUACCCGGACAGCGAGGAGCUGUUUGACAUCGUCUUAAUGACGAACAAUCACGCCCAAGUCGGAGUGCGUCUGAUAAACAGCAUUAAUCACUAUGAUUUGACCAUAGAGAGAUUCUGUAUGACGGGAGGACAGAGUCCUAUCGGCUAUCUGAAGGCCUACAUGACAAACCUUUACCUCUCCAAAGACUCUGAGAAAGUCGGAGAGGCCAUAGAGGAAGGCAUCGCUGCAGCAACCAUGUUCAUGCCAAAAACGGAGAUGGAGUUGAGCGACACUCAGCUGAGAGUUGCGUUCGACGGCGACGCCGUCCUCUUCUCGGACGAGUCAGAGAUCAUUGUAAAGAAGCACGGCCUGGACACCUUCUUUCAGCACGAGAAGGAGUUUGAGAACAAGCCUCUCGCUCAGGGUCCCUUAAAGUGUUUCUUGGAGGCUCUGGGCAAGCUCCAGAGAAAAUUCUACGCCAAGGACGAGCGCUUGAACUGUCCCAUCCGAACCUUCCUGGUCACGGCCCGCAGCGCUGCCAGCUCCGGGGCUCGUGUCCUGAAGACUCUCCGCAGCUGGGGCCUGGAGAUCGACGAGGCUCUCUUCCUGGCCGGAGCUCCUAAAGGGCCCCUGCUGCAGAAAAUAAAACCGCACAUCUACUUUGACGACCAGAUGUUCCACAUCGAGGGGGCCAAGGAACUGGGAACCAUAUCUGCACACGUCCCCUACGGGAUCGGACAGAAGUACAACAGGGGGAAGCUCAUCGAGCCUGAAAAGAAGGAGUAAACUGAAAAUGGGUAAAAUAUUAAAUAUGCACUACAUCGGGUCAGUCUAAAAUAAACAUUUGUAUUCAGGAAAAAAAAGAUAAUAGAAAAUAAAACGUUUUAGAGGAUGUAGGUAUUAUAAUUCCGUCUUUCUGGGGUUUUAGCUUUAGUGUAUGGUGUUAUUAUUGAGUGGGAGAAUAUAUUUUCAAUAAGGCACCAUACAGUAUUUCACUUAAUGCUGUAUUGGAAGAUUCAUUGCUGCCUUUUAACCUUGAAGUGUGCACCCGUUUAUGGUUUUUGAACGUUUUCUUUCUCAUUUAUUUUCGAGUUUAAGUCUUUUUUUUUACACUUUUAUGCAACAAACACAUUUAUUUUAUUUUAUUUUGGUUCGGUAUUGUUGAGUAUGAUCAUGGCGGUCUUGUUUUUUUCUGCAUUGGCUUUUUCAUAGACUUAAAAAUCCCCAGCCAGAUAAAAACAAGCAUUUUUAACGUUUGUGGUGUCUGGCAUUCGUUUUGCACAUUUAAUGCAGCAUGCUGUAUUAAUGAAUAUUAAUAUCAGUUUUAAAGGGAUCAUCUAUUUGGGUACAGUAUCAAUGGCUUACAAGGAACGCUGGUUUUGUUUUUGUUUGUUACUGUCUUUGCUGUCUAUGAGCACUACCUGUAAAACACUUGUGGUUUAUAUUCCUCAAACUUUUAGUUUCGUAACUCGUGUUCUGUGAGUUGUUUACGCUUUACAUUGGAUCUACACUUUUCUAUAGUGGUUUUAUAUUGCAUACAGUAUAAUGUAUGUGAUUGCAGACUGUUAUGUAUUUCAUAUUGCAAAAAUAUGUAAAUCAGUGUAUAGCUAAACACCACAGAGGACUUACACCCGCUUGUUUUUUAAAUGUUCAUAUCAUGUCUGGCAACAUCACUCAUCAUGUGGUGUUUUGCAUUGAUUGUACUCAUGUUUUGGUAACAAUAAAAUAAUGUUUUCCACCAUUUUCAAAAAUA